AGGUUGGGCUUUACAACUCAAACUCCAACACAAGCUCAACCUCACCAAAGCGCGAAAGUAGCAAAUUGUGUGGAGGAGCAAUCGGUGACACGGACAUGAUGACGGAUUUCGGCUACAGGAUGAUUUCGGCUACAGGACGAUUUCGGCUACGGAUCACGGAAACGUACGGAUUCGGACGCGGCUACAUCCCAAGUUUGGCAGACGGAUGCCAACUACGCUCAUUCCUAUUCAUGUAA